CCAGCCAUACAUUGUGCAGGGCGGUUGACUGCAUUCCGAGUUCCCCGACGGCGCCUGCACCUGUUUAUUUGUUCCGUGUACUCCGUACUCCGUCCGUGCUGGGCAAGGGAUCUCCCCUUGGGUCGGGUCAGCAUGAAAACAGAACACAUCACAUGCGAAACGACAUCUAUAGUGCCCAAGUGCCAAGGGCGUCCCAGCAAUUGGGAUGGAGCUGUCAAUGACCCCGGAAUCAUAUCGGAAAUCGAGACUAGAGUCCUGCUCCCACGGAACACAGGAAGUGCUUUGACUCGGAAUGUCUCAGCAAUGCCCACGGUGUUUGGUAUGUCGUAGAUAAGAUGCAUUGCGCUUCACCAUGUUUCCUGGGCUAGAAUUUGGGAUGGCCGAGAAAGGAAGGAUCCGACGAAUGACCGGGCCAUCGCACCAUUGGGAGCGGGAGAGGCAUGCUGGUUGUUGAUUUUACGUAUCGAAUACUGCGAGCUGUCGGUCGUCAUUGGCGCAGCUAAUUUCCUCAUUGAAGUGAUGGAAGCCUCGGGGAUUGGGAGCCGAACAUGACCUCGUGGAUCCUCCGUGUGGCUGAGAAAUUCUAGAAAAAACAAUUGCCAUGUUUUUUUGUUGUUGGGGGGAGAAGAACUUUGUACCCAACAGCAGAGAGACAUCCUCCAUACCUACCUAUUCGAGAGAUCCAGGAAGCAAGGAAGAAAGAAGGAGUCAUGAGAAGAACGAGAGUUCCCAGUCCUGGUUCUUCGCUCC